AUGCUCCGCGUGUUGGUCCUCCGCCGUCUGUCCACCUGCACGGCCGCUCCCACCGGGGCGAGUCCUGCUGCGGUGCACGUGGCUGAGAGGUCCCCGCCCGCCUUUCCGGUCCCCCCAACACGCUCGCACUUCCACCUGGAGCGCUGCCUCGCCAAGCAGCCGGUGCCCGAGUCCGGUGUGUCGCACGAUCUCGGGAAGGCGGCCACGAAUUCUCCCCGCAUCCCAGCGGGAUUAGGUCUCCGGGUCCGCGCCCGCCUCGCCGCCCUGUCUCGGACGAGGGGCACCCCCGCGCUGCUCUGUCAGACAGCAGACGAUGCGGCUCGGCCCUCGGCCCUCCCCCAGAUGUGGCCCAUGGGACCCAGGAGGCCUCAGAGACAGAACCUGCUGCUCAGCCCGAUAGAGAAGGGCCUGACGGUGCUCCGCAGCCUGGCCGGCCACGCCUGCCAGCCCCCAGCGUGGAAGCUGCACGCCAAGCAGCAGUCCCUCAGCAAGUCGGCUCAGGGCAUCAACCUCUACUGCAGGAGGAAGAGCGAGUGCCUGCCGGACGCCAGCCCCAGGGACAGCACCUUCCUGUUGGAAAUGCAGGAGCUACGCAGCAUGUUCCUCCAGCGGCCCGGCUGCCCGCAGUUCUGCACGCGGGCCACCUCCACGUCCCGCUCCGGGAUGACCUCCACCAUGACCUUGCCCGUGGAGAGCUGCCUGGGCUCCAAGGCCUGGAAGCCGACCAAGGACUCAGUCUCCAGCCAGCAGGACUUGGACAAGGAGGCGGACGGGCCCCUGCUGCCCGUUAGCCAGAGCGCGGGGGAGCUGGAGUACCUUCGGAAGAGCGAGUCCCAGCAGCUGAGCCCGGCCGGCAGCAGCCCGGUGCUGGACCAGAGCCACCUGAGGAAGCGGGUGCCCUGGUACAUCUCAGUCAUCCACGAGAAGGACCACUGCCUGUCCACGCUGGUGGAGGAGGUGCAGCGCCUCGCCAAGCUGAAGGGGGAGGUGCAGCGGAGGGACGAGGAGAUCCUGGCGCUGCAGGGGGAGCGGGAGGCGCUGAAGAAGCAGCUGAAGUACCUCCUCAAGAGCAGAGGCCGGGAGCUGUCCGUGUGCCAGGAGUGGCUCCCGGAGUCCGGCUCGCGGCCCCUGGGCAGGCUCAGCAUCCUGCAGGAGUUCUGCAGGGAGGACGAGCUGCAGAGCUGGCGGCAGAUGCAGGAGGAGUUCGUCCUGGCGGACAGGGCCGGGGGCCUGGAGUCUGGAGGCGAGGAGGAAGAGGCGGGCCUGGAGGGGGAAGCCCAGAGGGCGGACCAGGGCGCUGUGGGCAGGAAGGAGGCUGAGGGUGAGGAGGGCGAGGAGGAGGAGCCGCAGGUGCUGGAGCUGGACGAGGAGCGGGAGGCGCAGCGGGCCCAGGAGGGCGGCGGCCUGAAGAGGUUCAGCUGCGCGGACGACGCCUUCGAGGAGGAGCUGAUAGCGCAGCUGGAGGAGUACGAGCAGGUGAUCCAGGAGUUCCAGCUGGAGCUCGGGGUCGCCAGGACCAGAUACAACCUGGCCACAGGAGCCUGCAUCUCUCUGCAACGGCAAGUGGACCGGCUGGAGUCGCAGCUGCAGAAGGUCAGCAUGGAGCACGAGCUGCUGCAGAAGGAGCUGCGGGAGCGGAAGCGUCAGCUGCAGGCCAUGACCGACAAGUUCUCCAACCUCCGGGAAGAGAAGAAGCAGAAAGAGGUGAUGGGGCUCAUCGAGAAGGACAACCUCCUCCUGCGACAGCAAGUGUGGGAGCUGGAGCAGGAGCUCGCCACGCGGGAGCAUGCCAUCGCGGAGGCCGAGGCCAAGGCGGGCCAGCUGCAGGCCCAGGUGGGCCAGUGCCAGGACCACCUGGAGCGGCGGAAGCAGCUGCAGGAGCAGGCGCAGAGCAAGAUCGAGGCGGCGCAGCAGGCGGAGCAGCAGGUCCGGGUGGCGCUGGAGAGCGCGCAGUCCAGGCUGGAAAGACUGAGGAACAAGGUCAUCCAGGCCGCCUUCAGCACCCCCGGGAUCAGGUCCUUCGCCUCCGAGAUCUCUGACAACGACAUCCUGGAGGCCUUGCAGCGGAUCAUCUCGGAGCGGAUGGACUACUACAACCAGCUGAAGCACAAAGGCGUCAAGGUGCCGCCGCUGCUGAUGGCGGAGGUGUUCUCGUCGUCCAGCAAGUCCAAGAAGGUGGUCUCCAAGUAG